AUGGUUCUACUCACCGUGGUAAGUCAAGUUGUGAUGUGACCUCGGGAAGAGAUUCCCCUCGAGAAACUGUUUUUUAUUUCGUAAUCAAAAAUAAAUCAUCAUGAGAUCUCAAUCUCAUAAUUCGGCGCCAAAAAUAAAUCUACUAGAUAACAAGGAGGUAAAAAACGAUUACUUAGGGAGACCAUGUGUGGAUACCAAGUGAAUCCGAUUCUCCAAUAUCUACACCUAUUGGAGCCGAAGUCAUCGAUGUGAGUAAUCCUGAUGGAAUUCAAGUGGUUGACGAUGAGGACAGAGUGAGUGCCCAAAUAUCACCAAACACUUUGUUUUAGAGACUUUUUUUAACCUCAGACGUCCACAUCCGUCUGAUGCAUCCCAAAUCAAUUAUCGGAGUCGAAGAUUUGGCCGAGCUUGAAGAUAUCCAUGAAGCUAGUGUUCUCAGGAAUCUAUUCACCAGAUAUAAUCAAGAUAAGAUCUACUCUUUCUGUGGAGAUUAUCUCAUUUCUCUGAACCCUCAUAAAAAUCUAGAUAUCUACAACCACAGCUUCCGUAGAUGUUACCGUAAUCGCCAAUUGGGUGAAUUAGAGCCCCAUGUCUUCGCAAUCGCUGAGACGGCCUUUUGUGGCCUUUUAGAAUCUAAAAAUAACCAGUCGAUCAUCAUUGGUGGAGAAUCUGGAUCCGGGAAAAGCGAGACUUUAAAAAGAAUUCUCGAGUAUCUGAGUGAUGGAGGUAGAAGUUGGGAUCAAAUAAGGGCCUCGAGUCACUUGAUUGAAGGUAGGUCAUCCUAAAGAUCAACCAAUAUGUGUUGUUUUCUUCAGCCUUUGGAAAUGCAAAAACAUCGGCAAACCAAAACUCCUCCAGAUUCGCCAAGUACAUUGACAUCUAUUACAACUCAACGGGAUCCCUCGAAGGAGCUGAGAUAACGCAAUAUUUAAUGGAAACCCAACGUGUAGUAUGUUCGACGGCAGAAAAAAGAAAUUUCCACAUUUUUUAUAUGAUAGUGAAUGGGCUGAGUGAGGAGAAGAAAAAGGAAUUACAUUUAGACAGGAAAGAUUACUUUAUACUCAACCAGGUAAAAUUAAAUAAUAACAAAAAAAAACGAUGUACUAAAGGGAGAGGAAACGGAAAGUGAUGACAAUUAUAAUGAACAGCUUUCACAAGUUUUGAGAGCAUUUGAAAUAAUUGAGGAAAAAGAAGUGGACAGUACAAUAAGAUCACUCGCUGCAAUUCUUAAUCUGGGAGAUCUGGAAUAUCAGAGUAAGUUUAUUACACGUUAAUGAGUUGAUUGUUUUUAGCACGAGUCGCCAAGAAUAUGGAGACAACUCAAAUCGGAGAUCCCGGGCAAAUAAAUGCAAUAGCAGAGCUACUUGAGGCAAGCUGAAGCAUAACUAACUAAACUAUUUCAGGUGGAUCGAGAUCUUUUAUCAAAAGUGAUGACAUCAUGUUCAAUAUCCGUCAGGGAUGAGACGGUCUUCCGAAAUCUGACAGCGCAAAAGGCCUUGGACAUCCGCGAUUCUCUUAUGAGAAAUAUUUACUCGGGAAUAUUCAAAUAUAUCGCGAAGAAAAUCAAUACAAUCCUCCGACCAAAAUCUGACUUGAAAGAUUUCAAAAAACUCGGCAUCCUUGAUAUCUUCGGAUUCGAAAAUUUGAAACAAAACAGAUUCGAACAGUUAUGCAUUAAUUACACAAACGAGGCGUUGGAACAACUUUUCAUUCGGCAUUUGUGCAAAUUAGAACAAUUGGAAUACGAAACCCAGAAGAUAAUCUGGCAUCCUUUUGAGUUCAAGGACAAUGUAAAGACCUUAGACCUACUAGCCAAUGGUCCCACGUCCAUCAUAUCAUUAAUCAAUGAGGAGUCCGUCUUCCCUGAGGUAACCCUAAUUACAUUUUUUAAUGGUCUUCAGGGUUCGGAUCAAUCAAUUCUUUUCAAAAUGCAUCAUCAUCACUCCCAGUCGGAGGUUUAUCUUAAGCCAAAGUCUGACCUCAGCCAAUGUUUUGCCAUUAAACAUUAUGCUGGGACUGUCUUCUACAACACAAGAGGUAAAAUAAGGUCAUGCGGGGGCGUAGCUUCAGGCCGGGGUCGAAGGAGAAUGGAAGGGGGAACCUAGGUUAAACUUUCGCGGUGCUUCGCCCGCGUGGAGCAUUAGAGAUAUGCCCCUGAGCCCAGGGAUUAAAUGAGUAAUAUGUAUACCCACCGGCCUAUUGUCACGCAAAAAAUAAUUUGACCGUUCCAAACUCUUCCGGAAGCUUUAUAUCGUUCAGGUUGUAAAACGUGGAUAGCUUCGCUGUAAAAAAUGUUAGAGAGCAUCAGUAUUGCCUGUUAUCAAGCAAAAUGACAAAUUUUCUGAAGUAACACCAACUUCUUAUGGCCAUGAAUAACAUAACUUGGCAGAUGCGGAAACUGUCGCGCUCUAACGCCGCAACACGGCACAAGACUUUCUGCGGCAUGCCUUACGGGAAGGGGAAAUUACCUUGGCCCCUGACCCCUCUUCAUUUCUUCGCCGACCCUCCUCGUUGGGACCUCAAAAUAUAAUAGUUGACAAUGAAUUUUGGGGAGCUACGCCCCUGAGGCCUUCUAAAAUACGAGACUACUAUAGGCUUUAUGGAGAAAAACAAAGAUCAAUUGCCACUGGAUAUUCGAACACUUUUAUCCGAAAGUAAAUCAACUUUUGUUCAGGGUCUGGUGAACCAUUCUGAAGGAGAAGGCCGCGACAAAACGAGUGUCCUUCGGUCAUUGAAAAAGUAAUCAAAAAAAAAUAAAUAAAAUGAAAUCUGUUUAGGUCGUUGGAUUCGCUGAUGGUGCAACUAGACAACAGAAACCUCUAUUUUAUCCGAUGCAUAAAUCCGAAUGAUAAACAACAGUCAGAUGUGAGUAUUGAUUUAGUGUAGCAACCGUAAAAUUUAAGCAUUUCGACCGCGCCUGUGUGGUCAAACAGCUACGAUACACGGGAUUGUUGGACUUGGUAAUCAUGAGAAAUGCAGGGUAUCCAGUUCGAAAAAAAUACUCCGAAUUUGUGGACGCUUUCCGAGGAUUGCUUCCCGGUAUAAGUAAGCAAUACCAGAUGUCAACCAUGAUUAUAGGGCCAUCACGUUACGAAAAUUGCAUUGAAGCAACAUCCAGAAUUCUGACAGUAAUCUUGGGAGAAGAGGCUGACUUCCAAUUAGGGAAAACAAAAGUUUUUAUGAAGAGAGGAGACUACAUGUACAUCGAUAAGGUGGUUAUGAAAACCAUUUUUUAAUUUCAACAAAUUAUUUUUCAGGAACGCCAUAAAAUGCAGAAUUUCUUUGCGGCCUCUAUUCAGAAGCAUCUCAAAGGUUGGAUUCAGAAGAGAAAAUACGAAAAAAUUCGAAUGGCUUCUCUUGUCAUUCAGAAAUAUUGGCGAGGAUAUACCCAAAGAAGGAACUACCAAACAGUGAGAAGUCAAGUGAUUCAACUUACUCUUUCAGAUUCUGAAUGGAAUCGUCAGAUUACAAGCAAUUCUCAGAUCUCAUCAACUGGUCGCGCGGUUUACUGCCUUAACUGAAUAUACAAUCAGACUCCAAGUAAGUAUCUAUACGAUAAACAAUCCUCGUAGGCCUUAUGUAGAGGAUAUUUGGCAAGGAAACUAUUGAAAGAAAAGAAGAAAAAGAAAUCCAAGAAAACUUCGGAAAGUAUUCCUGAAGAUCCGGUUACAAAAACAAUCACAACUAAAACGAUAGAGCCCAAUUAUCCAGAAGACAAUUCUGAUUACAGCUUUGAGAAGUAUGCAGUAACCAACUUCCAAAGGGAAAAUUCUUCUUAUUUGAGAGGAAUUAUCUCCUCGACUUUAUUACGUCAUUCAAGCCCCAUCAAUAAUAUCUCGGCCAAAAUUCUGUGGAAACAGAUAUGCCGAUUUGCAGGAGAUUUACCUGAGUCUCAAACGGACAUGAACAAAGUAAGGUUUCCAGUGGUUUCUAUAUAUUUGCAGAGCCAACAAAAUAUAAUCGAUAUCAUCUACCAAGUACUAAAUUCGACAGAAUUAAUCGAAAACGAGGAUUACUGUAAAGAGGCAUACCCGAACUAUUUCGAAAGACCAUUCACUGGAAUGGAAUAUGUUCAGACCAUAAUUUCGCAUGGAACUUUGAGACCCGAAUUACGGUAAGCCAGUAGAUAACAUAGUAUACGGACAUUUUAGGGACGAGAUCUAUUGCCAAAUAAUAAAACAAAUCAACCGGAACUUUACCUCAACAUCAAAUCAAUAUUGGACCCUCCUGGCCUUGAUCUCAUCGUCAUUUUCUCCAUCAGAAGACCUUAUUCCAUACGUGAAUCACUUCACUAAACAGUUUUCUUCCAUCAAUCCUGCUUAUCCUACCGUCAGAAAUCAUUUAGAUAAAUGUUUCUCAAAAGGAAACCGAUUACAACCUCCGUCCAUCCUUGAAUUCGAAGCCAUCAAAAACUUUAAGCAGAUCCUGUUACCCAUUACAUUCUCUGAUGGAACAACUCAUCAGUUUAUUGUAGAUAGUUAUACUACCGCUUACGAAUUGUGCGCCCAAGUCAUGACAAUGAUCGGAUUGAAGGACAAGUUUGGAUUUUCUCUAUAUCUAUCCUUAAAUGAGACGGCCUCUUCUCUUGGAGCUGGGGCUGAUUUUAUUUUUGAUGCCAUCAGUGUCUGUGAGAGAGAGGGGAUCAAGAAAGGACAUCAGUUUGACAACAUACCUUGGAGAUUACUGUACCGAAAGGAGAUCUUCAGUCCAUGGCAUUCCUCUUCUUUGGAUACUGUAGCCUCAAAUUUGAUCUAUGAACAAAUUAUUCGUGGAUUCCAUUACGGUGAAUAUGAAUGCUCUGAUGAAAACGAAGUCAUUUUAUUGGCAGUCCAACAUUACUUCGUUUUAAAUGAUGGUGCUGAGAUUGAUGUUAAUGGACUGGAGAACAACCUGAAAGUAAUUUUGCCAAUCUCAAUAAUAAAAGAAGAUGGAUUCCAACCAGAGAUGUGGCUUCAGAAGAUCAUGAACAUAUACAGGAAGGUAAUAUCGCUAUCUGUGACCAAUGCUUUCAGACAUAUAUGAGGGCCAAUCUCUCGGCAGAUGAUGUCAAAGCUCAAGUCAUUGAUUUCGCAAAAGUAAAGUGGGCAACUGCUUUCUCGAGAUUGUUUAACGCUCAACAACUCAAUGGUUUGGGAAUACCAGACGCCAAUAUUGUAAUCGCAAUCAACGCUGAAGGUGUAAAUGUGAUAGAUAACAAGAACGAAGUCAUCUGUGACGUCUCAUAUGAUGAAAUAGAAAACGUCGUAGUCAAUAGGUAAGAAAUAUCGGAAGUUAUUUUGAGAUAUUUUAGUUCGAAUACGUUGAGUAUACAAACGAUUGGAGAUGAUGAAUAUAAAUUCUUGGCUAAACAUGCAGUAAAUAUGAAAGAACUCAUAAACUUCUUCAUCAAUGGCAUCAAAAAGAGAUCGAAAUACUUAAUAGCCCUCGAAACAAUAGGUAAUCAGCCCCAUUCCACGUCUUAAACUUGUUUCAGAUAAUAAGAAGUUCCUAAGUUGUGAAAUGGGAGAUGUUUUAUACAUGAAUAAACCAGAAGAAAGAAGGAAUGCGGUCAUUGUGGAGUGUGUGAACACAAAAACAAAUGAAAAAGGAAUGGUCCCCGUCAACAAACUAGUGGUCUUGGCCACUUUAAAGGGCCCUAAUCGGAAAGUUAUCCAACUUUACCAACAACCGAACCAAUUUAAAAACAAACCGGCUAAUGAAAUAGGAAAUGAACAAACCAUUAUCAUGUAUGACAACUCUACAUUGAAGUUAGUCCAUCUAACGAAACAACAUACUCUACAAGACUUUGCAUCUGCUCAUUUCUUCUCAAAAUCAGAAGCCAUGGUCAGAUACGGAAACAUUCCGUUGACUGAACCGUUGUUGAAAACGUCGAGAGCUAACGACGAAUUGCGGGAAAAGGCCAUCAAGAUGUAUAUAGACGUUAUGAGAUUCAUGGGAGAUCUGCCAUGGAGUCAGUCCAUCCAUUCUUUGGUCGAUUCCAUAUUCAGUAGUCCUUUGGCCAAUGUAAGUAUGCUUACAAAACAUAUUCCGAAAAUCUUUAAAGGAGCCUUUAAGAGACGAAUUAUAUUGCCAAGUCACAAAACAAUUGAAUGGGAAUCCAAACAUUAGUAGCGAACAACGUGGAUGGAAGUUGAUGUGGCUGGCCUUAGGGCUCUUCCCACCCACAACGCCUUUAUAUAAAGAAUUAGAUCAAAUAUUCAGAUCAAAGCAGAGCUUGAGAGGACGAGAAUGUCUAGACAGGCUCGUCCGGAUCAUGGGGUAAGAUAAAGUUAUUUCUUUCCGUACUUAUUCCCACCAUUUUCAGAGUUUUAAAACCCCGAAAAACUCCACCUCAUUAUGUUGAGGUUGACUCGGUCCUAGCCAACAGGACCGAGAUCUUCCAUAAAUUCCACCUACCAGAUGGGUCUUCAGAAAUUACUCGAAUAGAAAGUACAGAUUUAUGUCAUCAUGUAGCUGAGAGAAUUGCGAAUACAAAGAAGAUGAACAGCAAGGGCUGCUCCAUCUUCAUCAAGAUAAACGAAAAAGUUAUGAGUCUACCAGAAAACGAAUAUGUUUUCGAUUACCUCAGACAAAUCGCGGAAUGUAUGAAGCCUUCGGAACCCCGGGUAUUGAGUUACAAGUUGUUAUUGAUGAAGAAGAUUUGGACCGAAGUGAAUCCAGGAGAUGAUUUACAAGGAGACAUUGUGCUCCAUUUCCCUCAGGUAACAUAACCAACGACUUUAUACAACUUACAGGAGCUCCCAAAAUACCUACGAGGUUAUUACAAUAUAAAAGAAGAAGAAGUAACACGAUUGGCUGCAUUAAUUAUGAGAGCGAAAACAAACGAGCACUCGGAAAUCCCUAUAAAACAUAUCCCUCAAGUAUUGCCGGAGAUUCUCCCCAAUGAUUACAUCAAAAAACAUAGUAAUAAUGAAUGGAGAAAGGUAAGGUAAAAAUAAGUCAAAGAAAUCCCCUUAGGCCAUCUCAAAGGAAUGCCUCAAACUCCCCAAAAUGUCAACCAGCGAUUCCAAGGUAGCAUUCCUCAAAGAACUGUAUAAAUUACCGACCUUUGGAUCCGCCUUUUUUGAAGUACGUUCAUAAUAAUUAUUCAUCACUCUUCAUGGGGAAAUUUCAGGUGAAACAAACGUCUGAUCCGAGUAUACCUGCAAAAAUAAAUUUAGCCAUCAACAAACAAGGCGUCAGUGUGUUUAAUCCGGAGACAAAACAAAUUAUUGUGCAAUAUCCUUACACGGGAAUAGUAAAUUGGACUGCUGGCAAUACUUAUUUCCACAUGACUACUGGAAACAUGAUCAAAGGGGGAAGACUACUGGUUGAAACUACACUUGUAAGUUGACCAAAAAAUUCUUUAAAUAUUUUAGGGGUACAAAAUCGAUGAUUUGCUCUCUUCUUACAUUCAAAUUGUCUGCGAAACUUCAAUUCGGAAGAGUCAUACUGCAUAG